AUGGCCACCACACUCACCGUCUUCGCAACUGUGGCGUCCAGCAUGCCAUACCUACCAGAAUCGUCACGGGCGGCGGACACGGACCUCACUGUGAGCCUGAGUGCGAACGAGCAGCUUGCUGCUCAAAUCUUCUUCGCGAUACGCCGCUUGGCGUGGCCACUGCCAUCGAGUGGCACAAUAGUAGGCAGCUCAACGCUGGUAACACCAGGGCCUGCCUCAUCUGUGAAUAUAUCUGCGACUGCUGUGAAGAUGCCAACCCGACCAGCUCGCCGCAAGAUAACGGCUAGACCAGAGGGCGCCCGGCGGAGCAAGCGGCUGCUCGAGAAGGAGAGCCUUUCCUCUGUCCAGUCACAUGAGACGGGGAAAGAAGACGGCUCGAAGCCCGUUAGCAAGGCUGAGACGGAGCAGUCCGUGCUACAGCCAUCAAAUGGGUUCGUAGGUGCCGAAGGACAAGCCACGCCAUCCGAGGGGAAGCCUAUCUCCACGGAGAAGACAAAGAGAAAGCGAGAUGAGAACGAGGAGCAUCCCAUAAAGCGAGGGGCAGCGAAGAAGAAACGGACGUGA